AUGUAUCUUCUAGAGAUAUUGCCACCCGUUUUGGGGUUUCUCCUUUUUACGUCAGCGGGAGUUGCCAAAAACCAGGAAGCAGUUAAAAUAUAUAAUAAUAUAUUCUUAAACCAACACGGAGUCCCCCAGAAUGGUGCAAGUUACCCUGAUUGGUGUCCAAAAUGUCGCGAACUGCCACAUUGUGCCAUAGAUCACCGUGAACCUGAAUACCCGUCAGCAUUUCAUGACCUGACUAGUCAGGAAAUCAAAUCAAUUUUCAAUUUUUUGUUUGCUCAAAGUCAGUUAAAUCUUACCAGGCCGAGUGAGGCAACUUUGUCUUCCAACUACAUCUUCUCGAUGGAAUUAAUUCUUCCAAAUAAAAAGCACAUAAAGUCUAGACGUCAUAAAAAAGUGGCUAGGAAAGCGCUAGUCACGGUAUUUUUGGGUGGAAAAGAGAAUCCAGUUGUUGCAGAGUAUUGUGUGAGACUAAGACCUAGACCACAAUUUUGUGGAAGACCUAGAUUUAUCCCUUUUUAUUAUAGACCUUUCACAAAUCCAGAAUUCUCGCUUGCUAUUGAAAUUCUGAAAGAAGAAGCAGAGAGAUUAGUAGGUGAUAUUUUGCUUGAGAGUUUUGAAGCAACAUUACUGAAUUGUGGGGAUAGAUGUUUAGAUAUUGAGACGGCAGUCCCUUAUGCUGCCGUGGCAUCAGGUGUUCGAGGUAGAAAUUAUCGCGGUAUCUGGUUUCCUUUUUUCCAAAGUCGGCGCCCAAGUCUAUUGAAUCCUGUUGAUUUUGUUGUUCUAGUCUUGUUUGAUGGGACAGCUACACCACAAACUGCGGAUGUCUGGUACAAUGGUCAACUGUUUACCUCGCUUCAAGCAUUUAAAGAUGCUUGGCGACAAGGAACAGUAAAGAAACUCCAUGUGAGCUUCCCUCCGAAUCCACGCCCUGCAAAAGUAUUUCCAAAGAUCCCACAAAGGCCUCCAACACAAGUAGAACCGGACGGAAAACGUUACUCUAUCAAAGGCCAGUCAGUUCACUACAUGAACUGGGACUUUCAGUUUGGAAUAUCUCCUACUCAUGGUCCACAGUUGCACAAAAUAAAAUUCAAAAAUGAACUGAUUGUUUAUGAAUUAGGUCUGUCUGAGAUAACGGUAUUUUAUUCUUCUGGUGAACCUAUUGGCAGAUUUGCUAAUUUCUUCGAUACUGUGGUGCUGAUUGGAACAGAUGUUCAAACCUUAGUUCCUGGUGUCGAUUGUCCAACCCACGCAACUUUUGCGGAUUCCACAUUUAUGUCGGAAUCUUCAGAUGUUCCAAUAAUACGAAGGAAUUCCAUAUGUUUGUAUGAACACAAUACAGGUAUCCCUCUUAGAAGACAUUAUGUAGCAAACGACUUUCCAUCAGGGUAUUACGAAGGUGCUCCUAAUAACGCUCUUGUUCUCCGAAUGAUUUUUACUCUUGUCAACUACGACUAUAUCUUUGAUUUCAUAUUCUAUCAAAAUGGUGUUAUGGAAACAAAGGUAAUGGCGUCAGGGAUAGCCUUGCCUUCAUACGUUCAGAACACAUGUAAAUAUGGGUUUCAGAUGAACAGACAAUCUACUGGUCUUCUUCAUCAACACAUGUUUCAUUUUAAGGUUGAUGUCGAUAUUGGAGGCACAAAAAACAGCUACUCCACAUACGACAUUCGAGAAGAAAGUGUUCCAAAUGAAUUUUCGACAAAACCCAAGAGAUGGUUCCAAACAAAAAUAGUAAAAGUCAAUUACACAACGGAGCGGGAAGCUGCAUUUAAGUUUAAUUUUAACAAACCUAAAUACCAUGUGUUCUUCAAUGAAAAGAACAAAGAUAAGUUCGGAAAUCCUAGGGCCUAUCGGCUUCUUUUAAGAGGAAUAGCCAAAAGUCUCUUCAAGGAAGGUAAAGGGAAUGAGCCAGGCGCUCCGUGGAUGCGGUAUCAAUUAGCAGUCACAAAAAGAAAAGAAAAGGAACAAUUCAGCAGCUCUAAAUAUGCAUCCUACGACGGAGAAGACAGUGUGGUCAAUUUUGAAAACUUUAUAGGCGAGGAAUCAAUCGUGCAGGGGGACCUGGUUGCUUGGGUAACAUUAGGUAUCCAUCACAUACCACAUACGGAUGAGGUACCUAACCAACAAACAGUCGGUGGUGACGUCAGCUUCUUCCUUCUUCCUUUCAACUAUUUCCCUAGAGACCCAAGUUUAGGUAUUCGAGAGGGCGUAGAAAUAUUCUACGAUGAUCCAAAGGGUCCUCUGAAGGUAGAAUCGGAAUCUGAUAUGGGGCAGGUUGACUGUGUACCUACGCGAAAGUACUCCAUAGAAGACCUGGCAGCUGAGCCUGAAGAGUUCUUACCUCGACCAGUGGCUGAAGAAUGACUU